GCCGCCGCAGCGAGUGCGGGAGCGGGCGGAGGAGGAGGUGAAGGCGGCAGGAGCAGCGGGGCGGCACCUUUGGAUACCGGCACCAUGCGUGAGAUCGUGCACAUCCAAGCUGGGCAGUGCGGCAACCAGAUUGGCGCCAAGUUCUGGGAGGUCAUCAGCGAUGAGCACGGCAUCGACCCUACGGGCAGCUACCACGGGGACAGCGACCUGCAGCUGGAGAGGAUCAACGUCUACUACAAUGAAGCCACCGGUAACAAGUAUGUCCCCCGUGCCAUCCUCGUGGACCUGGAACCCGGCACCAUGGACUCCGUGCGCUCCGGCCCCUUUGGACAGAUCUUCCGUCCCGACAACUUUGUCUUUGGUGAGGAGGUGGACGAGCAGAUGCUCAACGUGCAGAACAAGAACAGCAGCUACUUUGUGGAGUGGAUCCCCAACAACGUGAAGACGGCCGUCUGCGACAUCCCCCCGCGCGGCCUCAAGAUGUCGGCCACCUUCAUCGGCAACAGCACGGCCAUCCAGGAGCUCUUCAAGAGGAUCUCGGAGCAGUUCACGGCCAUGUUCCGGCGCAAGGCUUUCUUGCACUGGUACACCGGCGAGGGCAUGGAUGAAAUGGAGUUCACGGAGGCCGAGAGCAACAUGAACGACCUGGUCUCUGAAUACCAGCAAUACCAGGAUGCCACUGCUGAUGAGCAGGGGGAGUUCGAAGAGGAGGGAGAGGAGGAUGAGGCGCGAAGUUCCCCCGGCGCCCCAAGCCAGCGGCGUUUAGCACGCGGAGGGGCGCCCAGCCUGUCUCUCCCGGCCCGGACCCGGACGCGGAGCCCGACCGGGCCAUGGAGACAAUGCCCGGUCCCGGCCCGCCCCGCGCCCUUCCCGCCGCACGUCACCGGCGGGGCGGGCCGCGGAGCCCCAUUUAAGGGGCAGCGAGGGGCGCGGCCGCCGCAGCAGCGAGUGCGGGAGCAGGCGGAGAAGGAGGCGGCAGCAGCAGCUUCAGAGGCCGGCACCAUGCGUGAGAUCGUGCACAUCCAGGCCGGGCAGUGCGGCAACCAGAUCGGAGCCAAGUUCUGGGAGGUCAUCAGCGAUGAGCAUGGCAUUGAUCCCACGGGCAGCUACCAUGGGGACAGCGAGCUGCAGCUGGAGAGGAUCAACGUCUACUACAAUGAAGCUGCUGGUAACAAGUAUGUCCCCCGUGCCAUCCUCGUGGACCUGGAACCCGGCACCAUGGACUCCGUGCGCUCCGGCCCCUUUGGACAGAUCUUCCGUCCCGACAACUUUGUCUUUGGUCAGAGCGGGGCUGGCAACAACUGGGCCAAGGGGCACUACACGGAAGGCGCAGAGCUGGUGGACUCCGUGCUGGACGUGGUGAGGAAGGAGUCGGAGAGCUGUGACUGCCUCCAGGGCUUCCAGUUGACCCACUCGCUGGGCGGAGGCACGGGCUCCGGCAUGGGCACCCUCCUGAUCAGCAAGAUCCGGGAGGAGUACCCCGACCGCAUCAUGAACACCUUCAGCGUCAUGCCCUCGCCCAAGGUGUCGGACACGGUGGUGGAGCCCUACAAUGCCACCCUCUCUGUGCACCAGCUGGUGGAGAACACGGACGAGACCUACUGCAUUGACAACGAGGCCCUGUAUGACAUUUGCUUCCGCACCCUGAAGCUGACCACUCCCACCUACGGGGACCUCAACCACCUGGUGUCGGCCACCAUGAGCGGCGUGACCACCUGCCUUCGCUUCCCUGGCCAGCUGAACGCCGACCUGCGCAAGCUGGCGGUCAACAUGGUGCCUUUCCCGCGGCUGCACUUCUUCAUGCCGGGCUUCGCCCCGCUGACCAGCCGCGGCAGCCAGCAGUACCGCGCCCUGACGGUGCCCGAGCUGACGCAGCAGAUGUUCGACUCCAAGAACAUGAUGGCCGCCUGCGACCCCCGCCACGGCCGCUACCUGACGGUGGCCGCCAUCUUCCGGGGCCGCAUGUCCAUGAAGGAGGUGGACGAGCAGAUGCUCAACGUGCAGAACAAGAACAGCAGCUACUUUGUGGAGUGGAUCCCCAACAACGUGAAGACGGCCGUCUGCGACAUCCCCCCGCGCGGCCUCAAGAUGUCGGCCACCUUCAUCGGCAACAGCACGGCCAUCCAGGAGCUCUUCAAGAGGAUCUCGGAGCAGUUCACGGCCAUGUUCCGGCGCAAGGCUUUCUUGCACUGGUACACCGGCGAGGGCAUGGAUGAAAUGGAGUUCACGGAGGCCGAGAGCAACAUGAACGACCUGGUCUCUGAAUACCAGCAAUACCAGGAUGCCACUGCUGAUGAGCAGGGGGAGUUCGAAGAGGAGGGAGAGGAGGAUGAGGCUUAAGCUGCCUGGUAUCAAAGGAGCUUCUGUAAGCAGGCAUGCAUCUGAAUGACUUCUGAUAGUGGUGGUGAAGCAUGUUUUCUAGAAACUAUGUACCCAAUUAUCCUCUCAGCUUUUGUGACUUUGCCAGAUUUCUCAAUGUAACAGUUCUGAAUCCUAAUUCUUACAAUGUUUUUUUGUCGUUUAAUAUUAAGAGCACAUAAAGGCAUGUAUUCAA